AUGAAUCGUGUUAUCAAGUGCAGGAAUAUAUCUCGACAAUUGCGUCCUCAAUGGCGUCAUCAAUCACAUCUUCAUACAUCGACCAAAUUACAGCUACCUCGAUUUUCAAUAGGGCGUACAAGUCCUACUAAUCGGACUAGAAUCACCAAAGAAAUCACUCCCGAGGAAGUGCAACAAUUCCAGGAGGCGCAAGAACGGGCUAAACAACGUGGAUCAUUUGAGCAAGCUUCUGCGCCAUACACUGAUAAUGACCAAUUCCCGUCAUACCAGUUCCACAUUCCCAACAACACCAAUGGAAUUAUAACUCCACAAGACCCCAUCUACGAUAUCUUAUCCGAACCUACUCUCGUAAUCGAACGACAAAUUGAAUUUAUGAAUUUAUUCAUUGGGUUUGAACAAGCUAAUAAUUACACAAUUAUGAAUUCUAGCGGUCAGCCAAUUGGAUUCAUGAGGGAGAAGGAUAUAGGAAUUGGUCGAACUUUAGGUCGUCAAUUUUUCCGAUUACACCGUCCUUUUGAUAUCGAUGUUUUUAACAUGCUGGGUGAAUUAGCAUUGAGUAUCAAGCGUCCCUUUUCAUUUAUAAAUUCUCAUAUUAAAGCACUAUUGCCCGGUUAUGACCAUGACAAUGAGAUGAUUUAUGAAGUCGUUGGUGAAAGUGUACAAAGGUGGCAUUUAUGGAGACGAAAGUACAACUUGUUCAAAUUGGAGGAUGAAAAGACGGAUAAUUAUGAACAAUUUGGUGAUAUUGACGCUCCGUUUUUAUCAUUUGAUUUCCCUAUAAAGAAUGAACACGGCAAAGUUAUCGCUAGCGUUGAUAGAAACUGGGUUGGUUUAGGUAGAGAAAUGUUUACUGAUACUGGGGUUUAUAUUUUACGAUUUGAUCCACAAAGUUUCCGAGGCAUGGAAAAUUAUUAUGGAGAUAUUAGUUCCAGUGGUGUUACAAUGGAUCAAAGAGCAGUGAUAUUGUCAUGCUUUACCAGUAUUGAUUUUGAUUACUUCUCGAGACAUAGCAGUGGACAUGGAUUGUUUUCAUUUGGGGGUAGUUACGACGAUAUAUAG